GUGGGGCGUGCGAGGGUCGGGCAUGGGCGUGAAGGGGAGACGUAAAGAGAGAUUCUGCACAACACCGGUGACUGUUGAAGGCAUCGCGCCAGACCAGGAAAGCCAUGGCACCGACCCAGAGCCCCUACCCCCACCCAUACCCCCCCAUGGCAUUGACCCCGCCACUGUUGCUGGGGUUGACGUGGCCCAGGCUGCUAGGCCUCUUAUGGACCCAGAGGUUAUGACCCCAGAGGAAGCACAGAGGUUGCUGAGUGCCAACAUUGUGGAGGGUAAAGUUCGGGAGGGCCAGACACUGCUCUCUGAUGAGGAGGCCCAGGAAGUAGUUCUCCUGUUGUCCCCCCAGGAGAAGGAUGCCCCGCAGGCUCCCCCACCAGUACCUCCCCACUACUCAGACAUCCCUUCGAUGGUUCCACCUCACUAUGCAGAUGUCACCCCACCUGUUCCUCCCCACUAUGGUCCGGCAGAGGAUGAGUACGACAUGAGGUUGGCCUCACGCUUUGACCCUGCAUUGACCUCACCACUGAGCCCUGAGGAAGAGCCCUCAGAGGCAGACUCAUCAGAAGCCUCUGGUGACGUCUCCCAAGUCUCCCGUGCCAAGGAGGUUUUGGUAGAAGACGGAGUUCACUACCUAGAGGAUGGACACUUCUGGGUGGAGGUUCCUGGCCUGCCAGAAGAAGAUGAAGAAGACGAGCUGGAUCCAACACUCCCCUUCCACCAGCACACUCGCCUUACUUUCUCCAAGGAUCCCAUUCAGGUAUUCAGCACCUAUUCUGUGACAGAGUAUGACCGUAAGAAUGAUGAGGUUGACCCUGUUGCUGCCAGCGCUGAGUAUGAAUUGGAGAAGAGGGUCGAGAAGAUGGAUGUCUUCCCAGUUGAAAUUGUAAAGGGUGAAGGAGGCCUUGGUCUCAGCAUCAUUGGCAUGGGUGUUGGGGCCGAUGCUGGUGUCGAAAAAUUAGGCAUCUUUGUGAAGACCAUAACUCCAGGUGGAGCCACGGAGAGAGAUGCAAGAAUACAAGUCAAUGAUCAGAUUAUUGAAGUUGAUGGAAAGAGUCUGGUUGGAGUUACACAAGUGUUUGCUGCUUCUGUUCUAAAGAACACUAGUGGCCGUGUGCAUUUCCUUAUUGGUAGAGAGAAGGACCCAGAGAAUAGUGAAGUAGCUUUGUUGAUUAAGCAGUCAUUGCAGGCCGACAUGGAGAGAGAAGAACGUCGGCGGGCGCUGGGUGGGCCAGACUAUGAUCCCCACGCGAACCACGGGCUCUUUGACCCCCUAUCAUCCCCCUCGGAGGAGAACUCCCGCUCGGAGGACAUGUCCAUGCAUCACAACAACUAUUCAUACAUGGAAGGAGGCUCAUCCCCCACGUCCCCUGAUGCUGUGUCGCCUCCGGCCGAGGUAUUUGAUUUGGAGGGUGACACGUCUGACACGUCACCCGAUAAUGACGUGGCAAUGCUGAAGCUGAAACUCAAGGAGGUCCAGUAUAGGAAUGCUGUUGCCGAGGCUGAGAUUCAGAAGCUGAAGAUGAAACUUCUAGACAUGGAGAAGAUAUUAGAGGAGAACAACCACUUUUCUAGUCAACUUCGUGAAACACGAAACCAGAUGAGUGAGCUGGAGGAGAAGCUGCAGGCCAAGACGACAGAAGUGUCCACCUACCAGGACAUGCUGGAGCAAUCUCAGGGACAGUACAUUGUAUUGGAGAAGAAAUAUUAUAAGGCUAAAAAAAUUAUUAAGGAGUAUCAGGGUAGGGAGCGUGAUUUCUUGCACCGUGAGGAGUAUCACAUAACUCAGCUUGAGGACAAGGACUCACACUACAAUGCUCUCGUGAAAGCACUCAAGGAUAGGGUUAUUAGUUUAGAAGCAGAAUUAACAAAUGCACAGAAAACGGCAGGUCUUCCAGUACAGGUUCCUGCUGAUGCGAAUACACAGCCUGCUUACUGGCAAUUACAGCAGAGUGCACAAUCUGCCAAGCAGCCUCCCCGCAAGCCCAGUCUCUGCACACUCGACCCGGAGAUAUCGGACACGGAAACUUCUGACACCGGCAACUCAGAGGGCGACAAAGCCAACACUGUAGAGCGCAAGAUGCCAGUGAAGGAGGAGUUAGAUGAAGCAGUUCCGCCCCAUGAGCUGCUGGAUGUGUCAGCGAGCCGAGCAAAGGGAGAGCUGGCGGCGAGGGGGGGUCUGGCCAACCGUCACCUUCCCUCCCUGAAAAAGACCACUAGCAUGAGUAGUGCUGGGAGCCAAGACCACAGUCUGGAUGACAGCAGCUUGGAUGAUGACCUGCCAGAAUCCCAGAAGCAUGUGGCAACGGAGCCUAUGCAGGACCUUCAGCAGGACGUAGGGAUCCGGAGGUCAGCCGAUAUCCUGGAGUCUCCUUUACCCCCUCCCCAGAGCAUCCUGCCUCCCUCUAGUAUGGUCAAAUCCACCAAAACUCCCCCACCACCUCCCCCUUAUAGUCACUUAGGUAGUCCCCCUCCAUACCAGCACCCACCUGGCCAGUUCAGCUCUGGCCGGCAGCCCUUAGCGCCCUCCCAUGCCCUGCCUGAUCCCCCCUCUAGCUUGCCAAUGCGACCCCUUGGUGCGGGGAUGGACGGCCAGCCCCACCACGACACCCAGUCAGAGUCACGACCUGAGAUUCCGUACCGGCACCCCCCACCUGUUGCCCGAGUCCUGCCGGUCAACAGAGCCGAGAUUUCUGAGUCGUCUAGCUUGGCCUCGCACUUAGCCAACCGCACACCUCAACAGCAGAGUUUAGCUGAGCAACUGAAGGCUCUCUUGGCUGAGAGGGAUCUCCAAACGGAUAGUGUACAGCAAAGAAAUGAUCGGGAUGUGAGUCCCAACAAGAGGUCUCCCACUAGCUUAAUGGAAGAUGUAAGACAAGCUGUUUUACAAGCAGAUGUCUCGUCACAUGUGGUUCCCUCGGGACAGAUGGUCCACCAGCUGGGUUCACCUCAGCGUACGCAGCCCUCUGUUCAUUAUACUCCUAGUGGCCGAGAAUCCCAACGCGAAAGCAACACAGGCUCGGGGUCUCCCAGACUAGGCCGCAGUAACAUCCAUAGCAGUUCUGUAAGCAGUGUGAGUUCCAGUCCAUCUGGGGUGGUGUUACUCAGCCAGCGACCCCUUGACCCCUCCCUCCCAGCACACAAAGUGGGACCAGGUGUAGAUGGCAGCAGCGGUGACCUAAGCAGCGGUCCUGCAUCACUUGGGUCAGGGGACGAGGGAUCCGGGGCAUCCCUAGGUUCCCAGAGUUCCCUGUCCCUAUCCCACCCCCCUACAGAGAGGUCAAAGCGUUCUCACAUGUGGCAGACGACACCUGUGGUUGACUGGAGCAAGGAGCAGGUGAACCAGUGGCUGAUCGUCCAGGGUCUGGAAGGGUGUGUGGGGCGAUUCCAAGAGAUUGGCAUCACGGGACCAAGACUACUUAAUUUGGACGUGCGGGACUUGAAAGCUCUCGGACUCGCACCCGAUGAUAAGAGCAAGUUGAAAAGAAAGGUCAAGGAACUCAGAAUAGCUGUAGAGAAAGAGAGGAAACAAGUAGAAAAAGAGAAGAAAGAAAGAGAGAAACUUCAAAAGAAAGCUGAGAAACUUGCAGAAAAGGCUGAAAAGAAGAAGAAGUAAAAAUGCUCUGAUUUUUUUUAUUUAUUUAUUUAUUUUUUUUUU